UCGGAGAAUGAAGAUUCGCUUCUUGGGUGCGCUGAGAACGAAAAACAUCACCACCUCCUACUCUCAGUCUGUCUGUCUGUCCGUUGCUACUGUUGGCUUCCGGUGUGGCGCGAUAGAUGUAAAACAGUGUACUUAACUGAUCGAAAGCUCCGAGGGCCACGCGGCGCGGUUUCAAAUCUGAUCAGUUAAUCGACGCGAAAGCUUCUUCUCGAACUGUCCUGUCUCGAUCGGGCGCGAAAGUGGUGGAGAAUAUUUUGUUACCCUAGUUGAUGUAAUAAAAUACCCGCUCCAAAAUGCAUGGAGGAUUCGAUCCAGACAAGAACGACACCGUUUCCUUGCGAGAUAAAGUCACCGUAAAUACGAGUGAAAAAUGGCGUAUUUUGAAAAAUAUCACCACAGUGUCGAUCGCUUUCAUGGUGCAAUUUACGGCGUUUCAAGGAACGGCAAACCUUCAAUCGUCGAUCAACGCAAAGGAUGGGCUGGGAACAGUGUCGCUUAGCGCGAUCUAUGCUGCGCUCGUGGUAUCCUGCAUUUUCCUACCCACGUUGGUGAUUAGGAAGCUAACUGUCAAAUGGACUCUCUGUGUGAGCAUGCUAUGCUAUGCUCCGUAUAUUGCCGCUCAGUUUUAUCCCACAUUCUACACGCUUGUCCCCGCUGGUAUACUGGUCGGUCUAGGUGCUGCGCCUAUGUGGGCCAGUAAAGCCACAUAUCUGACCCAGCUUGGACAGGUUUAUGCCAAGCUGACAGAACAAUCAGUGGAAGCUAUCAUUGUGCGGUUCUUCGGAUUCUUCUUCCUGGCCUGGCAAACUGCGGAGCUGUGGGGAAAUUUAAUCUCUAGCUUGGUUCUUUCCAGUGGAGCUCAUGGAGGUACUCCAGUGCAUAGUGGUAAUGAUACGAAUUUAAAUGAUCAUGCAUUGGCCAAGUGUGGGGCCAACUUUUGCGUUGUUGAAACCGACGAUAAUGCCAACUUGCAGCGACCUCCAGACCAUGAAAUCUACGAAAUCUCCGCUAUCUAUCUGUCUUGCAUCGUUGCAGCCGUCAUUAUUAUUGCCUUGUUUAUGGAUCCUCUUUCUCGGUAUGGUGAGAGGCGACGUGGUUCAAUCUCCGCAAUUGAAGUUUCUGGUGUACAACUACUGUCGGCUACGUUCAAGCAGCUUAAGAAAAUUAACCAGCAGCUGCUGAUUCUGAUUACGGUGUUCAUCGGCAUGGAGCAAGCCUUCAUUGGAGCUGAAUUCACCCAGGCCUAUGUGUCAUGUGCUCUUGGAAUUCAUCAAAUCGGUUAUGUAAUGAUUUGCUUCGGUGUGGUCAACGCCAUUUGUUCAAUCAUCUUCGGAUCGAUUAUGAAAUAUAUUGGUCGUAUUCCAAUUAUUAUGAUGGGCGCCCUCGUUCACGGUGGAGUUAUCCUCUACUGCCUCUUUUGGAAGCCUCAUCCGGAUCAUGCAAUUGUAUUCUACGCCAUUUCUGGCCUGUGGGGAGUUGGAGAUGCUGUGUGGCAAACCCAAAUCAAUGGUAUUUAUGGAGCCCUCUUCCGACGAAACAAGGAAGCCGCCUUCUCCAACUAUCGUUUAUGGGAAUCUGCUGGUUUCGUUAUUGCCUACGCUUACUCCACACAGCUGUGCGCUCGAAUGAAGCUCUACGUUCUUUUAGCGAUUCUUUCUCUUGGCAUGGUAGGGUAUGCCAUUGUGGAAAUCCGGCAGAUAGCCAAGGAACGUCGCCUCAAGAAGCUGGACGAAACACCCAAGCAGCAACAGACCGAGGCAGAGCGCAAAGAAAUCGAGGAUGAUGACGAAAAGGAUGAACUGGAAGAGGACAUUGUUGUCACACAUCUGUAAAUCCGAACAUUCACCAUGAAUCUGAUGCCACAGUGUUUUUUUGUAUAACUUGAUACUUCUGUUGAAGUGUCGUUGAAUGAUUCCUAUUUAGAAUUAAUGAGUUCUUAUUUAAAACAUCAAAAAUGAAAACGCACAGAAUAGUUAACGUGUUGUCAAGGAAGGUUGACAUGCUUUAAAUCUAGAACACUCCAGUUUUAGUUGUAGAUGUUGAUGAAUCUGUAAAUUAUUAUUUCCAUCAGAAGCAACAUAAUCACUUUAUUGCACUAUGAAUAAUGUAUUGUAUCAGGAAGGUUAGUUCAAAAAAAUGUGAACAGAUGUUUUUUUUUUUGUUAAAGUUUGACAUUGGCUUCAAUGUCAUCAUCAUCAACGCACUUCAAUGUCGUUUUCGUGUAGUGACGUCAAACAAGCCAAGAAGUCAUCGACAGCUCAGUAUCAUUUGUUUUUAAGCAAACCUACAUUCGAUGUUUACAGUUAUCAUUCGCUCGUUGCUCGGGUGCUUUUUAGUUGGGAGUUUGGUAAUUGGGUGACGUCCCAACUAAAAAGUAAUUAUCCUUCAGAAAAUUGUAUCAAACUAGCCUUGACAUUUCAUUGUUGGUACUUAAAAUGAUCUAGUGAGCUGUUUUCGGGUGAUAAACGUGAGUUUAACAAUUUCAAAACCGUCCUAAUUGUCGAAUGCCAUUCGGUAGAUGGGAUGAGAUUGUGCCCCAGCCAGCGAAUGAUGACUGUACGUUAGGGUGUUUCAUUUUGAAAAAAGUGAUGAAUUUUUGAUAGGCCACCCUCCAGUUCGAUUCAUAGCCCCAAAAUAUGAACCUGUGCAAAAAAUGGUAAAGAUUGAUGAAGGUUUAGAGGUCGCGCCAAUGAUUUGGAUUUUGUAUGGAGAUUUUGGUGAAUUAGUAUGGGAAAUUAUUGAUUUUCGUUUACAUUGCUCUAACUUUGGUAGUAGUUGUCCAAACGUUGAAAAAAAAAAAUAUAUGGUUGUCAUGACAAUGAUCAACAAGCCUGUUGUUGUUGCGAUGAAAUUGGCGUUGUUGCCUUGUACAUAUUCAUCUGUCAAUUUACCCUAUUUUGCCAUUUUUUCACAUUUUUAUAAUUCUUGAUACGCUGCAAAACUGAGCGUAGCAACUGUAGGCUUUUUGUUUAUUGCCAUAGCAAUAACAUACUAAAUUUUUUCGACAUUUGGACAAGUAGAAGCAAAGUUAUAGCGAUAUAAGCGAUUUUUUAAAUUCUUCCAUAGUAAUUCCCAUACAAAUUUCAAAUCAUUGGCGCGACCUCUAAACCUUCAUCAAUCUUUACCAAUUUUUGCACAGGUUCAUAUUUUGGGGCUAUGAAUCGAACUGGAGGGUGGCCCAUCAGAAAUUCAUCACUUUUUUCAGAAUGAAGCACCCUACUGUACGUGUGUAUCAGUAUACCGGUGUAGUGCACGCUAAAACGAAACCGACAUAAGAAUGGUCAUUCAUUUAGAGUUUAUUUAUCACCACUGCUUCGAAUUAUUUGAAAUAGACACAGAGACUUCAUGCUUUCGAUUAUACGAAUAGAUCUCAUUCAAGCAGGUUUCCAUUGCAAAAUCAGUUGAUUGUGACUAAAUUUUAAGCAGUAGGUAAUUUCUUAUGAAAUUUUUACAAAAUUUUGUAAGUCCAGAUCGCCAACGAUGUUAUUACUAGAGAAAAAUGUAAAUAUAGUGAUUCUAUACACAUUAAA